CCGGCGGCUGCUGCACCAGGGUUACUGGCACACUUCAAACAAAGAACUCUUGAUUCUGAUACAUUUGCUACCUAGCAAAUUAGUGUGACAUUUCAUUUAGAAUUUCUUUGCAUUUCCAGUGAAGAGGCCCCUUGGUGUGAAAAAGAGAAAAUGAUAGCUCUGCUUUGCACCGCUUUGCUUUCUCUGACCCUGGCCAGCAGUGUGUACAGUGAUACCAACAGCACUGCUUCUGCACCAGUCUACGCAGCAGAGACUGAACUUGGUGAUCAGAACCGUGUGUUUGCCAGUCGCGGCUCCAACAUCACUCUACAAUGCCGGCUCCACCGCCAGCAUGGGACGUCUUUCGGCCGCAUGGGCAUGAGGAUCAAGUGGACCAAGCUGUCUGCGGAUGAGUCACUGGAGGAAGAUGUGCUGGUGUCCAUGGGCUUCCACAAGAAGAGCUACGGCAGCUUCCUGGGCCGUGUCCGCCUGCUGGAGGCCGACGAUGACGAUGCCUCACUGCUCAUCAACGACGUGUCCCUGGACGACAUGGGAAAGUUCCGUUGUGAGGUCAUUGAUGGCAUGGAGGAUGUCAUUCAUGAGGUUACCUUGGAGGUGCAAGGUAGUGUAGGCUACAGCGAUGGUGUGGUGUUCCCUUACUCCCCACGGCUGGGCCGAUACAACCUCAACUUCCACGAUGCUGAGCAGGCUUGCCUGGACCAGGACUCUGUGGUGGCCUCCUUCGACCAGCUCUACGAGGCCUGGAGGAGUGGCCUUGACUGGUGCAAUGCCGGUUGGCUGAACGACGGCUCCGUGCAGUACCCCAUAACCAACCCCAGAUGGGCCUGUGGAGGAGUCAACUCCGGUGCUGGCCUGAGGAGCUACGGCCAGCGUGACAAGUCCAAGAGCCGUUACGAUGUCUUCUGCUUCACCUCUGCCAUCAACGGUCGCUUCUACUGGCUGGUGCAGCCCGACAAGCUAACGUUCAACGAGGCUGCUCAGGCGUGCCAGGAUGAUGGAGCUGAGAUCGCCAAGGUGGGCCAGAUGUAUGCUGCAUGGAAGCUGAACGGCUAUGACCGCUGCGACUCUGGCUGGCUGGCUGACGGCAGUGUCCGCUACCCCAUCUCCAGACCCCGCAGGAACUGCAGCCCGACAGAGGCGGCUGUGCGCUUCGUGGGAUUCCCCGACAAGAAGCAAAAGCUCUUUGGCGUCUACUGCUUCAAGGGCCAGCAGUGAAGAGGAAAGGGCUUAGCCCUGGGCACAAAACUUAUAUAACCCAUCAAAGAAAAACACCAACGACAACAACAACACCAAUAAACAGAUGAUGCAUGUCGUUGCAUCAGCUCAUUACCUUACCAAUACUGUGAUAAAUUGUUUUUAUGAAUACUGUAAAAUCUCAUUUUUCAUCCUGCAAUGAUCCAAAACUAUUUUGUAAGCUGAAACAAGCGUUAUUCCUUAACAUUUUCAGUCAUGUAAUAUGUCGCUCAUAUAAUAUAGCAAUACCAUUUUUAGUUAUACAAAAUGUUGGUCAUAUAAUAACACAGCACUACGGUUGAAAUGGACUGGAUGAGUUACAUCUUCUAAGGGCUAGAUUCAAUCAGAUCCGCUUUAGCCAUAUAGCGGUUGUUUUGGCGGUGUUGGAGGUGGAACUGCAUUAGAGCUGUCAAAUCGGUGAGCAGCUGGUCUUGAUCAUUGUUGCAAAGCCACAACCGUCCCACUCACAUUAAAAUUGUAGGCUACAUAGAAAUAAUGCUCUAAUUAAAAAUCAUUCAAUGAAAUGAGGAUUUCUAUCAAGGUUCUAGAUCACAUUCCAGUGUUUGAACCUGGAAACUAGGCUACAAGGGAUUUCUCUUAAUUCUACUCCGUGCAGCCAAUGGCAACAUCCUCUUUAGGUAUAAUGCCAGGAGCCACUUGUGGAUUUGACAGCUCUAACACAGUUCCACCCCCAACACCGCCAAAACAACCGUUAUGUGGAUGUCGGCUAAAGCAGAUCUGAUUGAAUAGAGCCCUAACUAACAUGUACUGAGGCCUAUCUAGCAGCUUAUGAGCUAAAUUGCAUGAACAUAAUGACCACUGUUUGACUAUGGCAGAAGUCUAUUUCAGUAACACUUGCACAGUAAUGCUACCACAAAAAAAAUGUAAAUAUAUAUUUCAAUCCGAAUCUGGAGUGAAUAUUCAUCUGAGCAGAGGGGCAUUUCACAAAGGAGAUUCAAGCUAACAUUCCUGAAACAGCAAACUAGGAUGUUGUUCCAAAGUUUCAGAAUUUCAGAAAAGUUUGCUACUAAUUUCACAGACCCUAAUCUCUGAAAAACACCUUGUAUUGAUGCUUUUAUUUUAAUGAUACCUUUCUCUCCUCUGUGUCUAAAGACUUCCCCCUUACACCUCUACUAACAAUUCUUUGGGGUGCUUUUCAACUUUAUUAGCUGUGAUCCGACAUGAAAACAUUUCUGUUUAAGGCAUAAAAUGAACGCGUGCCGAACUGUCACUCACUCAUCAUAGCUAGUUUAAAUCAAUAGCCAUACAGAGCAAUUAGUGUUACUAAUAUACCUUUUUUGUUUUCAUUAUCUUUUUCUAAUGAUCAUUUUAUGUCACUAUGUGUGGCAUAUUGCAUCUCUUUCGAGAGAAAGACAUACUCCACAUACCUGCCCCUCACACAAAUUUCAGCUAAAAGUCAGUGUUGGAAAAAUCUCAGCCUACUAUAGGCCUAGUGUUUAAACACAAUGACCUAGCCAUCCACUCACAGCCAAGUGCAUAUCAGGAUUGCAAUACAAUUGGAGUGAAUCCUUGCAAACUAAGCGGAACUCUGAUAUUGGUAUUUAACAGCAGUACCGAGACAGCUGUAUGUCUGUAACACUGGAAUGGCAGCCAAAUAGGGAUCCAUAUUGACAAACUGCUGCUGGUGCAAAGGAUUAGGGUUGACUGUAAAUCAUCACCGAAGUUACGAGCUGCAAACAAAGGGCUUACAUUACACUUCUCAGAGCAUGCAACCCCCUUUAAGACCCCGUUGCUAGUGUGCGACAGUGCCUUAAGCCAGGUGACCAUUUUGGGUGAUCCAUCCAGGCCACCGAAGACCUGCUUUGAGAACUGCCAGUUGUAUAAAUCAGGCAAAAUGACGUUGACGCACAAAUAAAAACGCAGGGUCUGACUUAAAUCCUGGCUUGAAGAGGUUGGUCCAGUCCAGACUCGAAGAUCAAACCAGUCACAAAGUAUUUCAAAACAAAUAUCAAGUGGGAAAAAAGAGAGACUAGAAAUAUUGCAUCUGACUUGUGGUCUGUAUAUGUUAUUGCUUGGUAUUCUCUUAGCAUUAGAAUAGUAAUGGGCCCCUAGGACAUGCAGGAGGUCGACAACUGAGAUCUGUGUUGACUGAAAUCACAACCACUAGCCUAUGGAAGCCAAUAUUUGCCAAUAAAACUGAUCAUACAAUU